CUUCCGGGCGGGCGCACUUCCGGCGGGCGCCAUGGCGCGGGAACCGGCGGCGGUGCUGCGCUGCGUGGCCGAGGUGGAGGUGCUGGCAGAGGAGACGCUGGCGGCGCGGCAGCAGAUCGUGGACCUGGACGUCAAGCGGAACCGGAACCGCGAGGCGCUGCGUGCGCUGCACAAGGACCCGCACCCCGACGGUGACGCGAUGGUCUGCUUUGGAAAUAUGUUUAUUCAGCUUCCAAAAUCAACGACCAAAGAAAUGAUGCAGAAAGAUCAGGAGCACUUGGAUGAGGAAAUAAACACCCUUCGGAAAGAGCUGAGAGUGAAGGUCAACCAUCUGUUUGAAGCGCAAGGUAAAGCUGAGCUGAAAGGAUUUAACCUGAACCCAAUGACUCCUGAGGAAAUGAAACUAAUUAAUCGUAUCCUGGAAGGAUGAGCUUAGUGACAACAGCAGGGACUUCAACUCUGUUGCUCAUCAGGUGCAUUAGGCUGUCGCUCAUGGAGUUCCUGGUGCAGAACUCAGUGCCCAAUCUCCAGGUUUCUAGGGAGAACGUCUCGACACCUAGGAUCCCUUUCAAGUUGUAUAUUUUGUAGAAGUUUGUUUCCUGAAUUGGACUGUGAAAUCCUUUCAUACCAGAAACCGCAAGUGUGCAUUGUUGGCCAAGGGUUGGGCACUGUAAUUGUACAGAUAAGUGCUAAAACACUGGCUCAUUCACAGCAUUUGACAGCCUGCCAUCACUGGGGUGGAAGUGGGUUUAUUAAAACUGGAGAAACAGGA